GUUAGUAAGUAUGGAUGGAAGUUUGUUACUCUUUCAAGGGAAAUUCACUGAACGGAUUUGUAUGAUUUGAAUUUAGUACGCAGAUAGGUUAUAGCCAGGAUUAACACAAAGGAUGCGAUGUAUCCCGAUUUGUUUCGGUGGCAUCAUUUUUUAUUUGUCAAAGCGAACCCGUUGGAACAGGUACCUAGGAAGUAAUUUGAUAUAUGUACCUACGUAUAUAAUAUCCGAUUCUGUUUUGUUAAACAUAAUAAACAUCUGUUUCUAAAACAAGGUCUUGAGUUCGAUCUAGGUUUUGAUAAAGAAUGUAUUAGUAUCCAUUAAAUACGACCUUAAUUUUAACAAAAUUCAUCAUCACUUUUAUCAUUCGAUGCCCUUGAUAAUUUAUGAUAUUCCUUAUCCUUAUUUUCAUUUCCCGUCAAAUACACAUAUAUACCUAAGUACCUACCAUUGUGGGUUGUCAUGGAUAUAUACGGUAUCAACAAAAAGUUCUCGAAACGGACACUACACACUUACUUAAUGCAUUUAAGUAAUAAAAGCAAUUGACUUUGUCAUUAUUGUUCCACGUUACCUGCUUUGUCGGGUCCGAGGUAGCACCUACUGUAUGAAUAUUUUAUUACUAGAUAUACCAAGUAGGUAAUUAAUUAUCGCAAUGGAAAUUUAUUUUUAGUUGCUUAGAAUGCGUCAAACGUCAAAUAACAAUUCAAAUUUGUUGGAAACACGUUCGUUAAUAGACGUAACCGAAACGUCGCAGUAACCUAAGAGCAGAAAGAGAAGAGAAAUAUGGCGAAGGAAAAAGUACAGGAGUUGCAUCCAAAACCAGAUGCUCAACGGGACUAUAAAAAGAAAAUUGCUAGCAUCGUCUACACAAUAAAGCCACUGAUUUUUCUGGAAUACUUCUACGGCAUAUACAGAUUCCAGCUCGUUGACGGAGAGUUACGACCAUCAAGCUGGAGAAUAAAAAUAUUUGGUAUUCUGUCUUUGGCUGUAAUUUUCUUAUUGUUUGUCAUGAACUUUAAAUUACCGGCCGUGAUGACCGGUGCUGAAAAUAUAAUAGACACCAUGGACGAAGUCCCCACCGUUGUUGUUUUGAUUCAAUACACCACUUCCGCAAUAACAGCAAGUUUUCUUGUCAAUGCGCUUAACAUUCGCAUAAUGACUGUCCUUGGGGAAUUAGAUUCCAUGUUAAACGUUGAAACAUCCUCUGAUUUUUAUAAGAAUUCACGUUCGGAAACUAUAAAAUUCAUUGCUUUAUUCACAAUUUGUCAUAUUAUUAACGUCAUCAUAGACUUGGUAACUGAAAACGACAUUCAACUCAUGAGAAUCAUCGUAUUACCGAUGUACUACGUACAAACACUAGAAAUUGUUGUUUUCUGUAAAUAUGUUGCUAUGAUGAAGAGCAGACUACUUAUGAUCAAUAAAUAUUUGAAAACAUUUGUCCAUGAGCAAGAAAAACAUAACAUUGUGGUGUUCACUGUGAGAGAUAAACAAAAGGACUCUGAUGAAGAAUACAACUACAUUGGGAGGCCUUCGGAAAGUAAUGUCAAAAUCCGUAACCUGGCCACGACGUAUGAUUCUAUUGGGAAGGUCUGCGCCAUGAUCAACGAAACUUUCAACUUUCAGAUAUUCAUGACUCUUGUAUCAACCUUUACUUAUGUCGUGAUCACCAUUUGGACAUCGCUCUUCUAUUACAAGCAGCCUGAAAAUUAUUCUGGUGAACUGGUAAAUAUAGCAGUUUGGUGUUUCAGCGCAAUUCUGAACGUAGCCCUUAUAUCGCUAGCUUGUGAACGAUUGCUUUUGGUCCGCAAUGAGACUAAGGUUCUUGUUAACAAGGUCAUCAUGAAUUACGACUUGCCGAAGACAAUGAGAGUGCAGGCGAAGGCGUUCAUGGAGCUGGUGGAGGCGUGGCCUCUGCGGAUUUUCAUCUAUGACAUGUUCUCGGUGGACAUAACGCUCAUGCUUAAGUUCAUAAGCGUAUCGACGACGUAUUUGAUUGUGAUUGUACAAAUAUCUCAUUUCAUUUAAAUGAAUAUGAAUAUGUAGAAACGUUUGUACAAUGCUUGUGUGUUAGUAUUAGAUUAGAAUUAAAGUGUUAAUAAAAGACUUGCAGCUUUAUUUGACUUUCCUUUCUGUAUUUAGAAAUAGAAAACCACUUUACUAUUGUUUCAUCAGUAAUUGACAUUUAAAGAGUUAAAGACGAUCUUCAUCAAUCUUUACUCGAUUUUAAUCUAAGUUUACGAUUUUGGUUUUCUUCAACUUUAAAUUUCUGUUGCAUUGCCGGUUCUAAUGUAAGCAUGUAUUAAAUGAACCUUACUGCGGAGGGUUUUUAUCCCGACAAUUAUUCUAACACCAUAGUCAAAUCCAUCCAACAGUAAAAUUAUAAAAACACCUUCUUUAAAUUUCAAGGACUUUGUGUACUCGUAAGUCGCAUACUAAAGAGAAAAAAAAGAGAAAGAAAGAAGAAAAAAGCAAAUGAUA